UUCCACUCCCCUCAUUAACAACAAAAGAAUAACUCACUACUUCAUUCCCUUCUGCAAAGAACCACUUUUACUAUAUUCCAUAGCAGCAAAUACCAAACAUAGGAAUGAUAACCAUUAUUCUGCUGUUUUUAGCUGGGCAUAGCUGGUUUGGGGCUUGUACUAAUAUACCAUUCACCAGCGGUUCCACAGAUGAGGUUGCUCUUCUUGCCUUCAAGGCAAAAAUAACACGUGAUCCCUACAACAUAUUGGAAACGAACUGGAAAGAAGGAACCUCUUUUUGCAAUUGGAUUGGCGUUACUUGCGGCCAUAAGCACCGAAGAGUUACGGCCUUGAAUCUUUCCAGUACAGGGUUGAAAGGUACCAUAGCAAAAGAAGUUGGGGACCUUUCCUUCCUGGUUUCCCUGGACAUCAGUAAUAACUAUUUUCAGGGCUAUAUUCCGGAACAGUUGGGAAACUUAAAGCGAUUGCGAGGUUUGUAUAUGCAGCUCAAUGAGCUUAGUGGUCAGAUCCCUCAGACCUUUGGGUUCCUGACCAGAAUUCAAGAAUUGGUCCUGUAUAACAACAGUCUCACUGGACCAAUUCCUCCUGCAAUCUUCAAUCUUUCUUCUUUCCAGGUUAUUGAUCUGAUGUACAACUUCCUCGAAGGAACUCUCCCAACAGACAUCUGCAAUAACCUCCCAAACAUGGAAAGCUUAAAUGUGUCAAACAAUCAACUAGGUGGACAGAUACCUUCCAGUUUUUCUCGAUGCUCUGAAAUCAAGUUUCUUGCUCUAUCACACAAUGAAUUCACCGGUUCCAUACCUGGAACGUUUGGCAACUUAUCAAAGCUUGAGCAACUGUAUCUUGGUCACAACAAUUUGACUGGUGAAUUGCCUAAAGCAAUCUUCAAUAUAUCCGCUCUGAGGAUUCUAACAGCUCAAUUUAACAAUAUAUCGGGCAGUCUUCCCCAUGAUAUUUGCAAGCAAACCCCCCACCUUGAAGACUUGUUACUUUUUGUGAACUUACUUGAUGGCCAAAUACCUUCUAGCAUCUCAUAUUGUCAAUCGCUGCAACAAUUCUCUCUAGCUUACAACAACAUCAGUGGAAGCAUUCCAGCUGAGAUGGGGAACAUGUCUGCACUUCAAUAUUUAUAUCUUGGCGGAAAUAACUUGACAGGGGAAUUUCCCUUCAAUACUUUUAACGUCUCUUCUUUAAGGGCUAUUGGUUUGGAGAAAAACAGAUUCUCGGGUAGCUUGCCCAAGGACGUGUGCUUCAGGCAUCCAAACUUGGGCUACAUCAGCUUGAGUGAUAAUAACUUUACAGGUAGCGUACCAGCAGAAUUUGGGAACCUCACAGGGCUUCAGUACCUUUAUCUAACGGGCAAUAACUUGACAGGAGAAGUACCUUUCAACCUUUUCAAUCUCUCUCUCUUAGAGGACUUUGAAGCUAUGGGCAACAAAUUUUCUGGUAGCUUACCUCAAGAUCUGUGCUUUAGAUUUCCAAAGCUGAAGCUAUUCAACCUUGACGACAACCAAUUUCAUGGCCAAAUCCCUUCCAGCAUUUCUCAGUGCACUUCAUUGGAUACCCUUGACUUGGCGUCAAAUAAUUUCAUAGGUACAGUACCAGGUGAUAUUGGGAACAACAUGUCAAUGCUUCGAAAUUUAGUAAUUGGGAACAACAAUUUCGCAGGUGUAAUCCCACCUUCCAUUGGCAAUAUGUCCAGGUUGCUGAUCCUCUUCUUGAGAAGAAACAGAUUUUCUGGUAAAAUUCCACCAGAGCUGGGACGGCUUCCACGUUUAGAAGGAGUAUUCAUUCAAGAAAACCAGAUUACAGGCCGAAUUCCUCCAGAGUUAGGACAGUCUUCAAGUCUUGGAAGGUUAUAUUUUCAGUCAAACAACCUUACAGGCGAAAUUCCGCCCUCUAUCUUUAACAUCUCGACCUUGCGAGAACUUGGCCUUUCAGAAAACCAACUCUCUGGCAAUCUUCCACCAAUCACUUGAUCUCAAGCGAAACUUCCAAAAGUUGAUGAUUUGGGUGAAUAGAAUAUGAACCAAACGACCUGCAAAUGAUUGAAUCAUGUUUCAUCACUAGGUUAAUAAAGUGCAGGCUUUUAGAAGACUUAAUCCUUUAAGAAAGUUGAUGCUAUUGACCACCCUUAUGGAUGGCACAUUUCCAAGUUGGAUUGGCAGAUUAGAGCAGCUUUUGUUUAUGCUGAACAUUAAUUUGACAGGAAUAGCUUUGCAAAAGUCUGUCAAUUUUCAAAUAAACAAGACUAGCUUUGUUGCAGCUCAAGAAACAGGAAGAAAUCGGGGAGAAAUAGGCCUUGUUUCACCAAUUUGAGAAAUUUUAUUAGCUUAAAUUUACCAGAA